AUGAGGAAAGGAAGCUUUAGGAGGCAGAAGGAAAGAACAGGAUGGUUGGGAAAGAACCGGGUAAUUGUGUCCCAGGGCACGAUCGGGCAAACCGGAACAGAUAAGCAGGAACAGAAAGAAUGGAAUGGAAUCAGAGGGUCUUUCAUGUGGAGGUCCCACCGAGAUUUCCUGCACCCUCGUCCGGAUCCCUGCCCGGGGAACGCCCGGCAUCACUGGGAGUCUCCGAUCGUUAUCUGUCUGUGCGCGGCGUCUGUACGAUUACGCGUAGUCGCUCUGUUUUUUGGGCAGCUUGAGAAGGAGUUGACGAACUCGGACUUCUCCCCUGCCACCCUGGGAGACGUCCCAGGGAUUCAGGAGGCCCAUUUUUGGGGGGCCUCUAGUGUUUCCGAAGAGUACACUGUUCUUGUGGGUGACGGAGUCCCUCCUCCCCCUAAUCCAUCAGAUACUUUCAGUUUGUGCCGAGGCCGCGCAGUGUUCUUUGUGUCCAGCCUGAUUUUUGUAUCUGUCUCCUUGUCUCUGUACUUUCUCAUACCAUCUAAGGCUAACAUGGGACAAUCUAUAAAAACUCCCUUGAGUCUUACUCUUGAUCACUGGCAGGACGUCCGGAACCAGGCUAACAACCGGUCAGUAGAAAUCAAAAAGAAAAGAUGGAUAACACUCUGCACCACGGAGUGGCCAACGUUCAAUGUUGGCUGGCCAAAAGAAGGGACGUUUAACCUUGAUCUUAUUUCACAGAUGAAGUCUCGGGUUUUCACCCAAGGUCCUCAAGGACACCCCGAUCAAGUGCCCUACAUUGUUACCUGGAAAGAUCUGGCCUCUGACCCGCCUCCUUGGGUCGCCCCUUUCUCUCCACCUAAGCUUCCUCCCCGUUCUCCCCUUGAAGCCCCACCCCCACCUUCUGCUCCUCUUAUCCCGAUACCCGCACCCCCUCCUCAAACCUCUAGGCUUUACCCUGUUCUAGAUAAACCCGAAAACGUGACCCUAGCAGGGACAAAACCCAAGAAGGUCUUACCACCAGAGGAUUCAACUCUUAUAGACCUAAUGACUGAAGAACCCCCACCUUACCAUCCCCAACCUUUACCAGUUCCAGAUCCCAUCCAGGUUUCUUCAGGAGAAGAAGAACAAGAGGGUCCAACUACCAAUGCCCCUCCGGGCCCAUCCCCCAUGGUGGGAAGACUUCGAGGGCGCCGAGAACCUGCCGCCCCAGGGGAUACUUCAAGGGCCUUCCCCUUGCGGCAGACGGGAGGUCCUAACGGCCAAUAUCAGUAUUGGCCUUUCUCCGCCUCUGAUCUUUAUAACUGGAAAACCCACAAUCCCUCCUUUACCAAUGACCCUGUAGCCCUAACUUCCCUAAUUGAAUCUAUUCUAGUGACUCAUCAACCAACAUGGGAUGACUGUCAGCAGCUUUUGCAGACUCUUCUCACUUCAGAGGAGAGACAAAAAGUUCUCUUAGAGGCCCGUAAAAAUGUGCCGGGAGAUGAUGGGCGCCCUACCCAACUCCCAAAUUUGAUCAAUGAAGCUUUUCCCUUAAUUCGACCGGAUUGGGAUUAUAAUACUGAUGCAGGUAGGAACCACCUACGUCUCUAUCGCCAUUUACUCAUAGCGGGUCUCCAUGGAGCAGGGCGAAGGCCCACCAAUUUGGCUCAGGUAAGACAAACCACCCAGGGCUCAGAGGAAACUCCGACCGCAUUCCUAGAGAGACUAAAGGAAGCCUAUCGGAGAUACACUCCUUUCGACCCCGAUAGUGAGGAUCAGAAGGGAAACGUAUCUAUGGCUUUCAUUUGGCAAUCCGCUCCAGACAUUAGGACCAAGUUGCAAAGAUUAGAUAACCUACAACACUUUACUCUAGCGGACUUAUUGAAGGAAGCAGAAAAGAUUUUUAAUAAGAGAGAAACCCCAGAGGAAAAGGAAGAAAGGAUCAGAAAAAUGCAGGAAGAAAGAGAUCUUAAAUUUAGAGAAGAGUUAGAUAAGAGAGAAAGAGAAAAAGAUCGAAAGCGUAAUAAAGAAUUAAGUAAGAUAUUGGCCACUGUAACUCAGGCAGGGCAACGAGGAGAUAGAACAGGUAGGGAAAGGGAACGAGGCAGACCCUGUAUAGACCAAGACCAAUGUGCCUACUGCAAGGAGAAAGGACAUUGGGUUAAGGACUGUCCAAAGAAACCCCCCAAUACCCGAAGAGGUACUAACCGGACCCCUCAAUUACUAGCCCUGGAUGAAGAUUAGGGGAGUCAGGGCCAGGAGCCCCCCCCUGAGCCCCGGGUAACUUUGCAAGUAGGGGGGCAACCUGUAACCUUCCUAGUAGAUACUGGAGCCCAACAUUCGGUGUUAACACGAACGCCAGGACCCAUGAGCCACAAAACGACGUGGGUCCAAGGCGCCACUGGAAGCAAGCUGUACCGAUGGACCACCAAGAGAGAAGUACACCUUGCUACAGGUAAAGUUUCCCAUUCGUUUCUGCAUGUGCCUGAUUGUCCGUAUCCACUACUAGGAAGAGACUUAUUAACCAAGUUAAGAGCUCAAAUCUAUUUUAAAAAUGGGAGUACCUCCAUUACGGGACCAGAUCAAGCCCCUUUACAUGUAUUAACGUUCAAAUUAGAGGAUGAAUAUAAACUUUUUAGCAAACCUCCUACACUUGACAAGGACAUAAACUAUAGGCUUGAGUCCUACCCGGAGGCAUGGGCUGAAACUGGUGGAAUGGGAAUGGCUAAACAACAACCUCCAAUAGUCAUUUACCUAAAAACCACUGCUACUCCUAUAAAUAUUAAACAGUAUCCUAUGUCAAGAGAAGCUUACCAAGGCAUCAGGCCACAUAUAAAACGCCUCCUAGACCAAGGAAUUCUAACCCCUUGCCGGUCGCCCUGGAACACCCCAUUGCUACCAGUAAAAAAGCCGGGAACAAAUGAUUAUAGGCCUGUCCAGGACUUAAGAGAGGUAAACAAAAGGGUAGAGGACAUCCACCCCACGGUGCCUAACCCUUACAAUCUCCUCAGCACCUUGCCUCCUACCCAUACUUGGUACACCGUUCUAGACUUAAAAUAUGCCUUUUUCUGUUUGAGACUGUGCCCUCGAAGCCAGGCCCUCUUUGCAUUUGAAUGGAAAGAUCCCGACGAAGGGGUCUCCGGUCAAUUGACCUGGACCAGACUGCCACAAGGGUUCAAGAAUAGCCCGACGCUCUUCGAUGAAGCCUUACAUCAGGACCUGGCCGAUUUCCGCGUAAGACACCCCUCCUUAAUUAUGCUCCAAUAUGUAGAUGACAUCCUGUUGGCUGCUACCACCGAGGAAGAUUGCCUUACAGGUACGGAGGCAUUAUUGCGAACUUUGGGACAGUUGGGGUACAGGGCAUUGGCUAAAAAGGCACAGAUCUGUCAGACAAAAGUUACUUACCUUGGCUAUGAACUUCAUAAUGGCCAACGAUGGCUAACCACAGCCAGAAAAGAAACUAUCUCAAGCAUACCAACUCCCCAGAACCCUAAACAACUACGGGAAUUUCUGGGCACAGCAGGUUUCUGCAGACUUUGGAUUCCUGGGUUUGCCGAGAUAGCUGCCCCCUUAUACCUGCUAACCAAACAAAGCAACCCCUUUACCUGGACUGAGGAGCACCAAUUGGCAUUUGAUCGUAUCAAAUUGGCCCUUCUGUCAGCCCCUGCCUUAGGCCUACCAGACGUUACCAAGUCUUUUGACUUGUUUGUGGAUGAAAAACAGGGCUAUGCUAAAGGAGUCCUAACCCAAAAACUGGGACCCUAGAGGCGUCCUAUAGCCUAUCUGUCCAAGAAAUUGGAUCCAGUGGCGUCAGGAUGGCCACCAUGUCUUCGAAUGAUAGCAGCAGUGGCUAUCCUAAUUAGGGAUGCCACUAAGCUGACUCUGGGACAGCCACUAACUUUGUUAACCCCUCAUGCCAUCGAGGCAAUAAUUCGCCAACCACCUGACCGCUGGGUGUCCAACGCCCGACUCACCCAUUACCAGUCCUUGCUGCUGGACACGGACCAGAUUCAGUUCGGCCCCAUGGUCACACUGAACCCAGCAACCCUCCUGCCGCUUCCUGGAAAAGCAAAUCCCCACAACUGCCAGCAGAUUCUUGCAGAAACACAAGGAACCCGACCAGACCUCACGGACCAACCUAUGAAAGAUGCAGAACUGGUCUGGUACACCGACGGGAGCAGUUAUUUGCUCAAUGGGGAACAGCGAGCAGGAGCAGCCAUCACCACCGAAUCUGAGGUAAUCUGGGCGAGUGCAUUGCCGGGUGGAACCUCAGCUCAGCGGGCGGAACUAAUAGCUCUGACACAAGCCUUAAAGUUGGCUGAGGGAAAGAAGCUAAAUGUGUAUAUGGACAGUAGAUAUGCCUUUGCCACUGCUCAUAUACAUGGGGAAAUUUACAGACGGCGAGGGCUACUAACUUCAGAUGGGAAAGAAAUCAAAAAUAAGACUGAAAUAUUGGCCUUACUUAAAGCUCUAUUUCUGCCUAAAAAGUUAAGUAUCAUGCAUUGCCCUGGCCAUCAAAGAGGAGAUACUCCGGAGGCCAGGGGAAACAGAUUGGCGGAUGAGACAGCCAGAAAAGCAGCCCAGGGGCCUCAACUCUUGGUAAUGACUUUAUUGCCCCAACGGGCUAACCCACAACAUGAUGACUAUGAGGAUAAAUGGGUCUAUGAGGACCAAGAUCUGGAUAUCAUACAGAAGCUGGACGCCUCUUACAACCCAGAGGACCUCCACAUGAAAGACCCUCCGAUUCCCUGUCCAAGGAAAAGCACACGAGACACUGGCUGCAAAAGCAAGAGGCGGUUUAUUAGGACACAGGCGCCUGCGGGUGUGCAGCAGAACCUCAGCCGGAGCUUCGGUGAACUGGCACACCGGGCUUUGGGGCACAGAUCUUUUAUGGGCUGGAGCACAGCCACGAGGAGCCGAGGAGCCGAGGAGCCGGGACGGGGGAGGGUGGCUGUUCCGCUGAAGAGCGUACCUUAUAAUUCAGAAACCUUAGUCACCAGCCUCCGAGAACAGAUAACGGGAGUGGGAGGAAGUCCCGAGGAGCAGCAGUUGGGGAAGCAUUUAAUAAAACUCAGCAGUUCUGAAGCAUCCACUGCAGAGCUCUCGACAGAUUCCGAGCCUCGUGCAACCUCCAGAAAAACCAAAGGACCAGCUCGUGGCAGGAAGCACGCAUCUGUCGUGGUCGCGUGCAGCGCCCAUAAGAUCCACACCCAGCCCAGGGAGGCUUUGAACGUGGGACACUAUUUUUAA